CUGUCUCUGUCCCCUUCGGACGUCGCCUCACGCAGCCCAGUGCCGUGUUUGUAGUGUCGUGUCAUCCUGCGCUACGUCAACGAUCCUCCCGGAACGUGGAGGCGAACGAUCGAUCGCGGUUAUCCUAUCACGAUUCCGUCGCUACCGGGUCGUCGCCUGGUGAACCGUCGCCUGGUGUACCGUCGCGUGUCCUCCCCCCGCACUCGAUCCGGUGUCGCCUCUCGGCGUGUCGCGUUCCCGCCGUUGCUGGCCCGCCGCGAGAUUAAACGAAUAUACGCCGAGGAACGACGGAAGAAUGAUUCUCUGGCCGCUGGUCCAGGCUGCCGUGUGAUCAACGACCGAUCGAGCUAGAACAGCCAAUUCGAUUCUCGGCCCCCGCGGAUCGUUUGCUUCCACCGGGCGCUGAAGCUUCGGCAGAGCCAGGUGUCCGGCGACGUCCACCUUGAUCCGGCGAUCGCGAUCGGCAGAAGGGAAUAUUCGAUCGGAUCGGAGUUUACGCGAGUGUUGUCAGUGAUAUCGGCGGAUAGUGCGCAAGAACAUACGGUUCGAACGCCGGCCGAGAAGGAAGACUGGUUCCCCGGGUCGGCCUGGCUUGGGGACAGCGGAGGAAGGGGACAGUGAAGGUGUCAAACGUCCGCGACUCCUCAUUGACAUUUCCGUGACAUUUAGUGCGCGAUUCUGAGGCGAGUGCGAAACAUCGUUUCGUGUAACACGCGUGGAGAAAGAGGCGGAGAGGACAGCGAGGAAGAGAGGCAGAAGCGGAGGUCGUCCCGGAGAAAGUCACAAGGGCAGGGGACCGAGUCGAUGACGGAUCUGCCGUGCCUUAUCGCCGGCGCAGACCGCUUAUCUACGGUUAUCUGUCUCCUGGAAUCGCGUCGCGCACGUGCAACCGUCCGAUAAAAGGGGCACAGCGGAUUUCUUGCACCUCGGCCCCGAGUCUCGUCGAUCGUCUCGGCCGAAGGCAUGAUCUUUGACCGACCUCCUCGCUGCGCGCGCGGCUCGACCUGAUACCCGACGUUCGACAGGUGGUUUCCCCGUAAAGUGACGGACCGUUUGCGCGGAAGGACGAAAGAAAGGGAUUAUUCAGAGAGACUACUGUUGUGGUUCUCGCUUUUGCUCGAGGGGACGUCGAUCGGUGACGUUCUUCGUUUGGACGGAAGCUUCUAUCGAAGAUCAAACUGGACAUACUUACCGCCACGUCGGGACGUACGGAGUGGAGAUGUCCGCGGGUCGCUGAGAGAAUGAGGGAGCUGGACACCGAAAGCCCUGUUGUCUGGCCGGCCUGGUGUUAUACUGGUGAGGUAUCAGGUGAAAACGUGUCCGCCAGUUCCGGGCCACGUGGCGCUGAUCGUGGAGAGGCGACCGAUUUAGGCACACACACGGAAAACAACGACGGGGCCACCCUGGCCGCGAACACAGCGGUCGACGCCAGGGGCGGAAGCCCCCAGGGCGCUCACCUCUCUGGUGCGGCCACCCCCAGACCGCCGCGAGGAAGGAGGCGGCAGAAUCAGAAUGGUCUCGACACUACUCAAGUCAAAACUGAACGACUCACGCCAGACAAUAACUCAACAUCGUCGAGGAGCGUAACGCCCUCGUCGUCUAGCCAUCCGGGAACGCCGCCAAAUGCAACCCCCUUGGGUGGUCCCGAGGGCCCACCGCCACCGCAUCAUCUCAAACACAUGGAACAGAUGAUGGGACGGAGUUACAGCGAUUUUAUGAAAAGUCUCGCUGCCAAAUACAACAAUGCCAACCCGAAUGAUUUCUUCAGUUCACCAAGGAAUGGCUACCCUCCCGGUCUGGACCCAAGGUUUCCAGCGUUCAAAUCUGGCGCGACGCCCUUUGUUGGUUUAAUGGCUCCUCUGGGUGCGCCCCAGCCGCCUACCGUGACAACCACCUCACCUCUUUCCAGCAAAGACCCGAAAGAACAGAAGCAAGACACUCUGUUCGGUAAUCCUGUCUUUCCACCGAUGCUCGACAUGUCGUCGACACAGGCACUUUUGCAUAUGGUUAGGACUGCGAAUGCUGCCCAGAACGCGGCUGAAUUGGAAACGUAUCUGAAAGGUGCGAACAAAAGAGACGCUGGUGUGACGAGUCCCCUAGACCUGUCGAGUCCAGGAGGAUUCGCUCCCCGCAAGAGGCAAAGAACGGAGACCCGUAGAUCGGGUAGCGUGUCGCCUAAACCGAAACCAACUCCCAGACCCACCACGCCACCCCCAGUGAGGUGUCCAUCCCUUUGCGGCCACAUGCCGUGCGGCGACGGGCAAGCUGUCAACCGGUGGACCAUCGAAGACGUCGUGAAUUACGUGUCGUCGAUCGACAGUUGCGCCGAGUAUGCACAGAAUUUCCGGGAGCACCGCAUCGACGGCGCAGCGUUGCCCCUGUUAUCAGAGGACCACCUGACAGGCCCGAUGGGGAUGAAGCUAGGCCCAGCCUUGAAGCUACGCGCGCUACUGGCCCGCAAGCUGGGCGCGUGCACGGUGUGCCUGCACUGCGCGCACUGUCACCAGACACCUUUGCCGGCGUUGAACGCCGCGGCAGCGGUCGCCGCCGCAUCCCAGCAGCAACAGCAACAGAUGCCCGGCAGACGACCGAGCAGCACGGGGAACUGACAAACAAUGGCGGAGACUCCGGCGGGUCUGGAGGGCGCAUCCGCGCCCUCGCCGGACCCGAACAGGGCCCUAAGGAUAGAACGGCGCGUACCUCGUCCCGUACGCAAGCCGGAAGUCGUCUUCAAGAAGCCCAUUAAGCAGUGACGCAGCCCGCGGAAGCAAACCACGCGGACUGUUGCUCACGGAGGCUCCGCCUUUAAUCCUCCAUCGACUCUUUUUAGACUCUAAGUGUUGAAGCAACCGAGGACUCGGUGAACGUUCACGCGGUGAAACGUUGGUGAAUGGGAUCUUUCGAGUUUUGCAAACGUGUACCUGGAGAAACGAAGGAUCCGUUUUUAUCGUUGACGAAAGCUUGUCGGUGUAUUGUAUCGUAACACUGAACUGGAUUUCGUAUGACACUUCAUUCUAGGGAUGAAGUACAGUUUCGCUUGGGUAUCCUCUGUGAUCAAGGGAACUUCUUAUCCGGAGGGAUUCGAGCGGUGAUCAAGGAUGCUGGACCUGGAGAAGUGCUUAAUUGCUAGAGACAUCGACGUCUUGUCGUGAGAUCUAUUAUCGAUAGCUUGUAAUUCUUGGACGUAGCGACGUAGAUGAUCUGGGGAUACCGACACCUGGUGCCUAAGGCUGAAGUGCUUACCCGAUUUAGAUUUGUUCGGAGCUGACCGCGGUGGCAGGUUGCUUCGAGAUUGUUCAGAUGGUGCUCCAAGCGACCUGCGAUCGUCGAUCUAGCUCCUGGAUCUCGGCUAGACGGGCUUUCCUCGGUUCUCUUUUUUUUUCUCCUGCAGAGGAAGCGGAGGGUAACUAACAAGUGUUAACGAUCCUGCGUUACCCGCGGAAUCCGGGUACGAAUUAGAAAUAGACACGCGAUGAGCACAAAGAAGCUGGUACUGUGUAAUAAACGAAUUAAUUGGCUCCUCGGGCUCGGGUCAAGAAAUCCGAACGCGCUUGUUUCGAAUCCUUCUAAUGAGCAACCAUCGGCCGAGCGAAAUUGCGCGUUCGCCGAGCAUUAGGCGUGUUCAGAUAAAUUAAUUGAGAAAUUAAUGAACGGUUCAGAGCGAAUAGGGAAUUUUAGAGUAGAGGGAAAUUUAUAGGCGACUAGAGGAACUAGAGUGGACUAGAGAAAAUUUAUCGAUUACAGAGAAAAUAUUUCGAAGAUCAACGAAACGAGUGCCUAUCCAUGAAAAAAGUCUUCCAGAGGCUGGCCUUUCGUAGAGAAACUCGAUUGAUCCGGUGAUUUGUCGUUUUCGACGAGCCGCACAGCUCGUUCUGAAUUCGCUUCGCGACGGUAAUUCUCAUCCCUGUAGCUUUAAAUGCGAUUUUGCUGCGAAUUGUUCGAAUUUUUUCAAUACUGAGAGCUAAAAGUUUGUUCAUUUUUUAUUAGACACUUCUCUUCGAUGUUCUCUCUUUUUUAUGAAGCUUCAAAUAAUUAUAUAACAUAUGAAAGUUUUAUUUUCCUUUGAUGAAUGCAAUGAUUUGCACGAAAUAGAAUAUGAAUACUUUAUUUGAUAUUAAAUUGUAUAAAGUAUUUCAAGUUCAAUAUAACACUAAAUGUUUUUAGUUUGCCAGUGCCUAUGGCAGCAUAAUAUUUCGGUUCAGGAACCUUUAAUUUACAUUUCAAUGUUAUGAAAUAACAUUAACCUGAUGCAACUGAUUUCAGUUACUUUUUUUAUUUCGUUUAAUCGUAGCUUGCAACGGAUUAUUAUUUCAAAUUGUUUGUUUCGUGGAAUCAAUUAAACGAUUAAUGGUUAUAUAGUGAUAACCAGAAUAUUCGUACAAAUCAUCGGUCGAUGAAUAAACAGCGGGGAAUUCGAGUAAAUCCGCAAACCCAACAACGACAUACAGUAACAGAAACGAUCAAGAUGAGAGUGGUGGAAUAAAUAAGCGUAAAUAAUAGAGUAUGUAUAAAAUAAUUGUUAUUUGCGCGUGGAGAGAUGGAAGACCGUACGAUCGCAUGAGAGGAAGUGAGUCUGCGUGUAUAUCUGUAUGAGAGAGAGAGAGUGAGAGGGAGCGAGAGGGAGAGAGGGAGAGAGUGAGAUCGAUGAAAAAGAGACAACACUUUAUUAGCGAAAAUUGAUGUGCAAUAAAGGAACGUUUCGACACGGUACUUUUAACUAUGAUAGGAGAUACGUAUUUGCUCAAAUCGUUGUUUCUUUUAUAUAUUUUAACGAAGUUUUUAUAUGAAUGAAUUAUAAUGAUAAAUAUACUAAAUUAUAUUUUUGCUAGCGUCUACGUGCAGGACCAAAGUUCUGGGCUCCGCACACGUAAUAUACAUUCAUAUUUCAUACGAAGAUGAACGUACUCAUAGACACGCGUGUACAGUUUGAUCCACAGGUUCGUAUUGCAAGCGAAGAAUAUGGUUUCCCUUUUUCCAUUCUUAAAGGCAUCGUGUUACUUUAAUUUUAACGAAUUAAAAGUUAACAUGUACGAUCGACAAUUGGACGAUUCGGUAAUUAACAUAUGAACGAUUUUGUUACAAUUUAAAAUGUUUUAUAAAAUCGCUAAAUAUAUGAGUGGAAUUUUUAAUGGAAUUAAUGCGAUUAGUCAGAAACUUAUAAUUGAUUACAGUGAACCUACAUUAUUAUAAAAAUUGAGAAUGGUAAAUAAUUAUUCAAAAGUAUUUCAUAGGGUUACUUUACGACGAGAUAUCCUUGCGAUAAUGGCGUAACAAAUACAAUACUAUUAAUUUUAAUAAGACAUUUUCGAGUAUUAAAGAAUGCAAAUAAAUUCGUUACUCGUAGAAUUGUAACAAAAUUCGUCAGCAUAGAUUUUAGAAAUUUAAUGUAUUGAGGAAAUUGUGGGAAAUGAGGAUUAUGGGAAUAGGAGGCAGCCAUAUUGUCUCUCGCAACGCGAAUGAGUGGCGCUAUCUGUACACGGGUACAGACGAUACGUAGUAAACAAUAUAGAUGUACUAGCGACGGAUCCGUAAUGUAGCUUAGAAGAAUUGUAAAUUAACGUCUUCUUUCUUCUCUUACUUACAACGUUUAACGUUUAUUUAUUUAGGUGUAAACUGUUGCCUUAUUGUAUUCACGUAUAACAAUUAAGACGUAAAAAAAACAAUAAAAAGAGACGUCCUAGGUUGGAGACAGUGUUAAGAUCGGAAGGUUGGUAAGUUCAUAAAAAAAAAAAUGAGCAGUAUUUUUAGAUUUACAUUAGCCUGAAUUUACUGCAGACUAUAUACGUUUAUAAAUAUUAUGUACACAUACACUUACGCGGCUGCGCGUGCUUCCAAGUUCACGUUUCACUGCGAACCAUUCACUUCUCAUUCCUAAGGCAAAUACAUUUGAUUCCCAACGUUAUCAGUUUCUUUUCACCAUAACUCCGGUUUUCUCUUUACUCCCUCGAACCGAUAAUUUCAUGAUACCUCUAAAAAAAAUGACGGAAAUUUCGACGAAAACUGCUUGUCGUCCUUCACCAUAAACCCGUGCACCGUCGUGAAAUUAAAAACCGAGAUUAAAGAACGCAAGCUUGUUAGCGACGCGCGGCCAUUAACCGAGCUAGCGGCUUUUACUUAAACCGAGAUCACUGUACAUAAUGCUUCAGCAUUUAUUUAUAUCGUGCUUUUACAAGAAGACCCGUAGUAUUUUAUUUAGUUUCGUAGCCGGGGUUCAUCAUUACUGCGUCGCACGAGAUCGUUACGUUAUCGGGCAGCAGGAUCGCUCGGAUUGAUCGAGAAAGCGCGCGAGAAAGAGAGAGAGAGAGAGAGAGAAAGAGAGAGAGAGAGAGAGAGAGAAAGAGAGAGAAAGAGAGAGAAAGAGAGACAAGUAUGAACGGAAUGCGUGUGUAAAUCUGUAUGAAAGGAAGCAAACAGAGAAAAAGAUACUUUACAUGGCAGGAAAUGCGUUCGACGAACGGAAAAGAAAUCACUUCUGUAGAAUUAUUUAAGGGGAAGAAAGGAUAUUGUAAGUCUCGGCCAAAUAAUUCGUGCCGUUCCCGUUAUAACGCUGCCCGGGUCACAAGACGGCAAGAAUUAUUUGGCGCACAGUUUACAAACUAUAUUCAAACGAAAUGGAGAAGAGGAGGGACAAUAGAACGGGCGAUAAAGCAAUCUUGUGAUACUUCGAUGUUCUUCCAUCCACAUAUAUAUUUUUUUUUCUCACCCCACGUU